AUGUUAACGAGAAAUACAGUUCUCCUAUCUAUAUAUGAAAAGGAUCUUGGAAAUGUUCUGAUUGUAAGACUUUGGGGGAGCGUAUCAUGCGACAAUCUCUUUCAACUUGUUCGAAAACACUUUAAAAUAACUUCUCAGUCCUUCGAUCUUGACUACUUAGAAAAUGAAUCGUUUCCCUACUCGUUGCCAAAGACCAGGAAUUUAGAAAGCAUCUUCGAUAUUGACAAGGACUGCAUAUUUGGCAACCAUACUCAUCUUCCCCGUCCUAUAAUGACUUCCUUGUGUGAUGAAAUGCUCGAGGAAAUUCCCCUUCGAAAUCGCCUGGAAAUCAAGGUAUUACCCAGUUCUGAUGAUGAAUCUCAGCAACCGAACAAUUCAUCAAAUAGUGAAGACGAUGGUUCUGUUAUUGGCUUAAGCUGUAUGCAACACACAGAUUCGGAUCCCUGUGCAACACAGAAACCUAACACCUGUACUGCUAUUGUGUUAGCUGAUCCUUCAUCCUGUGAAAGAUCCUCUUCGGUUAAUGCAGUUCUACGUACAGAUACAGUUAUUUCUCCAGUCCCACAAAAUUUCGUUGGACUAGUCAAUUCUGGAAUGACGUGUUAUAUGAAUAGCCUGUUACAGACACUUUUCAUGACUCCAGAAUUUCGUAAUGCACUUUACCAUUGGCGUUUUGAAGGGAAUUCAACAGAAGCGGUUACAAGUAUCCCGUAUCAACUUCAACGUUUAUUUGUUCAAUUACAGACUACAGAAAGCACAGCAAUCAGUACAAAUGGUGUGACCACGUCAUUCGGUUGGCGUUCAUGUGAUGUCAUACAACAACAGGAUAUUCAUGAGUUAUGCAGAGUUUUAUUUGAUGCCUUAGAAAAGAAAUUGGGAUGUUCAAAGACGGCUUCUUCUAAAGAUAAUAAUGAUUAUAAGAAGUCUGCUGGUGAUGAACAACAACAAGAUCGUGAUAAUGAUGAUGAUGGUGAAAGAUCUGAUUAUGUUCGUUGUUUGUAUUGCAAUCGGGUUAGUUGGCGACCGGAUACAUUUUUAGAUAUUCAAGUCCCACUAAGAUCAUUUGAAUUAAAUGCUAAGCCUUAUGAAAGUCUAGAGGCUGCAUUUAGAGCAUUGAUUAAACCUGAACGUUUAGAAGGCAAUAAUCAAUAUUGGUGUUCUUAUUGUGAGUGUAAACGUGAUGCUGAACGUGGAUGUGCAUUUCACAAGAUGCCGUACUUGUUAACGCUACAAUUAAUGCGUUUCACCUUUGAUCCACAAACAUUGAAUCGUAUUAAAUUAAAUGAUAAAUUCACAUUCCCUUUGGAUCGACUCGAUUUAUCGGAAUUCGUUACGACUCCUACUACUAAUACUACUACUAAUAAUACAAGUGAAAAAUGUGAAUCCCCUGAAACCGGAAUAGAAAGACAAGAGAACACUUCGGAAAAUGGUGAUACUGAGGCUGACAAUGAUCAUGGAUUAGUGUAUUCGCAUAGUUCAACAAAAACUAAUGUACAAAACAAUGGUGAAAAUAAUUGUCUACCUGUUACCAAUGAAAAUGUUAUCUCUUCGGACACUUGUUCUGAUUGCAUGGAAACAGAGGCCACUGAUAGUGGUGUGAACAGUAAUACAGAUAGUCCAUUCGAUGGUGUAUCUUCGGGUAGUCCUACAGUUGGUUCACCAAAUGUUGAGGAAGAAAUGGAUGAUUUAUCAGAUUUUGGAGGAGAUGCAACGCAUACAGUAACCAAUAAUUCUGUUCUAAUGAAAGCUGUGCUAACUGUACAACAAAAUAUGAAUGAUAUAACCGAACGUAAUCAUAAUAAGAACAAUAAUAAUCAUAAUCAUAUAAAUAAUGAUUCAUAUAACCAUAGAAUCUAUUCAUCCUCUAAUGAAUUAGACGAUGGUAUCGCUUCUGAAUGUACAUGUCCUUCAUGUUCAUGUUCCACAACUACUGUUCAUCAAAAGAGAUUAACCAAUGAAUGUCAUAACAGAAAGAAGAAGCAACGUCGUCAUCGAAGUCAUAGUCCUCAGAAUCGUUCACCACAGAAGUUUAAAACAUCUAGAUCUGUGAAUGAUAAUACUACUACUUCUCAUGAAACUGCUACUACUACUACUACAACUAGUACGACUACUAGCAAUGAUGAUAAUCCUGGGACAUCUGAAUCGAAUUAUGAUGUUCAAUCCAAUACAUCUGAUUCAUCUCUAGUCUAUGAAUUAUUUUCAAUUAUGGUGCAUUCAGGUUCAAUUAACGGUGGACAUUACUAUGCAUUUAUUAAGUCAUUCAAUGACGGUCUAUGGUAUAAAUUCAAUGACCAGUAUGUUACACCUACUUCUCUGGAGGCAUUGGAAUCAACUUUUGGUACUAAUCAGUCAAGUUAUUUUAGUCAUUCAAAUGCCUAUUUCUUGAUGUAUCGACUUGUCAAUCCUGAGUUGAAUGAAACUUUUAUGAAGGUGGAAGAGUUUCCAGAGCAUAUUCAUAAAAUGAUGCAAGAAAUUCGUGAUGAGGAAAGAGGCGUUGCUGAAAAGAAGGAAAGAGAAUUGAUGGUGUGCAAGUUUGAAGCUUAUGCACGAUGUCCAGUUACACAGAAUACUAUUCAUGCAAAUGUGACACUCUAUAAGGAUCAAUCAAUGUCACAGGCAACCAACGUUAUCCGACAAACGUUAUUACCAAAUUUAAAUAAAGUACCACAGUCUGCAUUUCGAAUUGUCCAGUAUAAUAGUUCAGAUGAUUCACUCGGGAAGUCAGCUGAAUAUGUGUUGAACAGUCGGCCUAGAUUUUAUUCAUCCAAUAACGGUUCACAUUCUAAUGAGACGGAAUCAUCAAUGCCUAUGGAUAUGGUGACUGUUGGUGAAUUUUCAAACAAUAAAGCCUAUUAUCCUUUUCCUCUAUGGCUUGAGCAUCAUAUACACGUGCCUGGUUCAGUGAAGCACCUUUUCUCUGGUAGUAGUAGUAGUAUAUCUCAACCAGUUCCACAGGUGUGGCGCACUUAUGAACCUGGAGGUAUCACUUUCAAUGUCAGCCGUGUUGACUUCACCUGUGAUGUAAUUUACCCGUCGGAAAAGAUUUGGUUACCGUUAUCUGGUUCCGUGUAUGAUUUAAUUUUCGAAAUUUGGCAGUUGUAUACAGGCGAACAGUCAAUUGACGAAGAGUUGAUUGCUGGACCAACUACAAAUGGAUUACAAAUUAUUCUGGAUAAAUCCUUUUGUCAGUGUCCAUCUAAUUCUAUGCCACAAAAUCAAGCAUAUCAUCUACCUGAAUGGGCUGUCAUCUUAUACACCUGUGAUUAUCCAUCGAGUAUAGUUGAUUCGCCUUUCAGUGAAAUUAUCAACUUUACACAUCAAUCGAAUUGUAGCACUUUUGCAAAAUCAUAUCCCAGUGGAUCAUUUAAUCUUUAUGUGGAUAUAGGCGCUGCAUAUGAUGGAUAUUGUGAUCCUGUGAACAACAAUUCUGAUAUGCAUUCAAUAUCUGAUACUUCGGAUAUUGAUCAGGAUGAGAAUAAUGAUGAGAAUAAUAACGAUGGUAUGAUUGCAGAUUCGAAUAUUUUAACAGAACCAUCGCACAAUGGACGAUGUGAUGUUGGCGGGAAACGUGGUAGAUGGCAAAUGUCGGAUAGUCGUGUGACGACUACAGAUAAUAGUAAUAAUAAUAAUGCUAAUAACAUUAAGAUUCUUCCUGCCAUGGAUUUAAAAUAUCGACUGCAUAAGAUAUGCUCAGUGGCUGAAAGAUAUCUAUACCACACAACAUUGUCGGUCAUUAUUCCAAGUGAAGCAGAAAUUGCCUCAUUCCUUGUACAACGUGAAUUUUUGGCUAAUGGCAAAGAUACACCGGGCAGUAGUAGUAGUAGUGAUUCAAAGUUUAUGAACUCAACACCAUCUGAUUCACACGAUGUCUAUCAAAUCACAAGUAAAACUGAGAGUGUUUCACACUCUGUGUCUCCAAUGAUGAAAGCAUCAGCUUCAUUGGAUAAUGUCACUGCAUCAAUGAAUUCUUUUGAUGUAACUGUCAACACGAAUGAUAUGAGUCCACCAGAUUCACGUUGUUCAAUUCAUGCUCAGUAUGGAAGUUUACACAAUAGUGAAAAAUCUGUUUCACUGUCAUCCACAUCCUCCGUAUCAUCAUCACCAUCAUUGGAGAAUAUAAUUGAGUCAACGGAACAUGAUGAAUAUCCUUUGAGACGUCGUAGUAAUUCACAGCCUAGUUUAAUAAAUCCUUUCAAUGAAAAGUUAGCGGAAACAACAACAACAGCAGCAACAGAGCAUCGAGUUUCUUCUCUUGUAUCUGAAUCAAACAGAGAUGAAUUAGAUUCAAGUUUAGUAGCUAUGGAUGUUGACAGUAGUUCAGUACAUCAACCGUCUUCAUCGGAUGUUGCCAUGGGUAGUAAUACCGCCAUUCAUGAAUUGGAGACGAAUCAAAGACUUUGCUGUUUUGAUGAUACUUGUACACCUGGUACCAGUGUAUACUUCAAUGCAUCAACUUUAUUGCGGACAAUUCAAGUCCAUUUAGACGUACGUUUAUCUAUUGAAGAAUUUGUGAAAAAAGCUAGUGAAUACCUAAAAUUGGAUGCUGAAUAUUUAAAUGUAAUAUACGAUGGAGGUAUUUUAAGGGAUUUCACUACUUUUGACCCAAAUCACUCACUUAGAAUUACGCUGUCGCCUUGUGUCAGUAUAGAAGAAUUCUAUUUACCCGUGUAUGUACUUGAUCUCGAAGGUGACGGUAGUGAUCAAGAUCAACAUGUAUCACUUAGCAGUUCUUCUAUUUCUCCUAUUCCCACUACAAAUACAACUACAACUACCACGACACAAGAAACAACUGAUCAGAAAUUCAUACGAAUAUCACCUAUCUGGUCGAAUCAAAUCAAUCUAAUGUUUCGUAUAGGUUGGUCGGUUGAAAAAAUAUUGAAGUGUGCUUCAUCAGUGUUAAAGCAUGUCUACAAGUUGGAUAUCCCACCUAAUCGAUUACGAUUGCGUAAAUGUGCCAUACCGGAGCUUAUACCAGGUCCAGUGUUCGAUGAAGUGGAUAUCUUUGCCGCAUUACCUAAUCAACAUCAAAGUUUAAUGUUACAAUUACUGAGUGAAAAACAUAUUCACACUAUUUUCUCCCCACCUGUCAGCAAUAAUGCUGCUGCUGCUUCAAACCCUUCUGGGCUUUUUCCGUCGUCGUCAUCCUCAACUGCAGCGGCAUCAUAUGCAGCGUCGAUAUUGCCAAGUAAACCACGUAUUUGUUCAAUAUUUCUACGUCAAUGGCAUCCUGCCAAUUAUUCAUUUGGUGAAUGGCAUGAAUUAUUAGUGACAUAUUAUCCUGCGAGUCAAUCACGUUGGGAGAUAUUGGUCGAUUGGCUUGUUCAGCAUACUGGAUUACCAUCACAACGUUUAGAAGUAGCUUUCUAUAAACUUCCCGGUGUUAUACAUUGUUUGAAUAUGUCUUCGUCUAACAAGAAUAAUAAUAAUAACAAUUGUGGAUUGCAAUGGUUGCCAUGUUCUCGGUAUCCUGAUAUGCUGUUAUCUUUUGCAGCUGGAAAUAUUAUAUUUUUCAGAGAUGUUGAAGAAGAGUCGAAAACUAUUAAACCAACCGACAUGGAAACAUUGAAUCAAAGUGAAAUUUCCCGAUUAAAUACUUUAAUGUCACCUUGGCAUUCACAAGGCGUUCUGCCGCCUCCAAGUAUAUUGGAUAGUCAAUUUGCUACUUGGUCACAGGAUCCAGCCUGCUUAUCAACAACAACGACAACAUCGUAUCAAGGAGAUUCAUCAUCCAAUAAUAGUGUUGCUGCUGUUCCCGGUUCCAUUGUUGCUAGUGAUGGUAGUGGUGGUGGUGGUGCUAAUAUGUUCAAUAGAUAUGGUUACUAUGGUCCUUAUUUACCACAAUCCCAUGAGUCCACAUCUACCACAUCAACACCGUAUCCAUUUUCUUCAUCAACGUAUAAUAAAAGUAGAGAACAACCCCUGCGUAUUUAUACAGCUGAGGAUAUUUCAUCACCGGUUUCUUGUAGUAGUAAUAAUAAUAAUAAUACACAUCAUAAAAUAACAGGGGAUAAACAUGCUUCAACUGGACCAUCAUCACCAAAGUGUACAAGAAGUCGUGAUUCUAGAACGCCUUAG